AUGCCUGUCACAUUUAUUGAAACAGAUGGAGGUAAACUCGCCGUCGAUAUCGCUGGCGACGGACCUCUUGUCAUCUGUUCCCCCGGCAUGGGAGACUUUCGCGACGCAUACGACGCUUUAGCUACAGAGCUUCGUAAAUCGGGCUACAGAGUCGCUAUGGUUGAUCUGAGAGGCCAUGGCGACAGUAGCACGACCUUCAACCGCUAUGGCGAUGAGGCUACCGCUGACGAUCUCAUUACCUUGAUCGAUGCUUACGGUGGUGGACCCGCUGUCUUAGCAGGCGCCUCUCUUUCCGGCGCUGCUGCUACAAUCGCCGCUGGAAGCCACCACGAAAAGGUCGCAGGCCUUAUUCUCUUUGGAGCUUUUCUUCGACCUGGAACUGGAAAGCUAGUCGCCAGUCUCUUCCGCCUUUCCAUGCGCCAACCCACCGGACCUAUGAUCUGGAAGUCAUACGCUCCUAAGCUCUGGCCCGGUCUUGGCGAUAAGAUCCAAGAACGAGUUGACAGAUCCAUCGCAAUGUUGACAGGCCCUGGUCGCUGGAAGGCAUUCCACGCUACACUAUCUACCGACCACGCCGUUGUCGCACCAUACAUUAGCAAAGUCAAGGCUCCAGUACUAGCUGUCUAUGGAGAUGCUGAUCCUGACUGGACUGACCCUAUUGAGGAAGCUCGAUGGGUCGUGUCGAAUUUUGAGGAUGGCGAGGUUGUUGCUGUCAAGGGUGUUGGACAUGCGCCUAUGAUGGAGAGGCCUGAGGAGGUCACACCGGCUGUUCUCAAGUUUUUGAACAGGAUCCGGACAAACGGUGGUUUUAACCGUGCUUGA